CCUGAUGGGUGACGAGACACUUCUCCUUUAGAGCUGGGAAGCAGCAGGCUGUGAGCAUGCUUAAUGCCACACAUAGCUGAACUGGAGAUUUCUUUAUGAGAGCAGCUACUAAAGUGUCCAGAGCAUAAGUACUGCUCAAUGGCCAUAAACAUACUAUUGCCCUUCUUUUAAUCUUACUGACUUCAGACUGUCAGCAAUGCUAUUUUGCUCCAUUUUGUUCCUCUGUUAGAAAUCCAAGAUUAAUAUAUUGCUUUCAUUGGCACAAGUUCGAUUAGAAGAAACCCAAACCUGACUAGUUCAGACUGCUCCAGAGAGGGAUUGAACCCAAGAUGACUGGGCACUCCAAGGCAGUGCAGCUUCUAUGCUAAACAGGUUCCAGCUCAAAAGCCUUGGAUAACCACAGUCCCAUAGGAGUCUCAUGUGUCUACAGUCAGCAUGUCUGCCUUUGCAAGAAUCCUGGCUGGUGGAAGACAUUUCAGUUGGUGUUGUCUGCCAAAAGGGUUAUUUUCCAUGCAGAAAUCAUACAACGUGCCUCCCGCAGGCAUUUCAUUGGGAUAGCAUAAAUGACUGUGAGAAUGGUGCAGAGGAAGAGAACUGUGGUAUUUCAAAUCAUCCUCCUGUGCCUCUUUCCUUUUUCAUUACCAUCACCCCUCAGCCACCAUCUUUGGAUGUGGUCAUUUGUGUUUAUGCCUUUCCACAUUGCACCUUUCCUGUUUACCGUUCAUCUACAUACCAGUGCCGUCUCCACCAACACACAGAAGGUUGCAGCUGCAUGGAAACAGAACUAGAAUGUGCUGCUGUUAAUUUAAAGUCUGUUCCACUUGUUUCAAGUAACGUAACCCUCCCAUAAGUAGAGUCACUCACACACAACCAGAUCCCUUCUCUUCCAGAUGAAGUUUUCAGCAAGUGUACAAAGGUGAAGAAAAUCUUCCUCCAACACAUUUGCAUUCAGACAGUAUCAAGGAAAGCAUUCUUUGGACUAUGCAAACUUCAGAACUUGUAUCUCAGUCAUAAAUGUAUCAUUAGUUUGAAACCUGGGGUACUCAGAGUACACAAACUGAAAUGGCUUAAACUAUUAUUUCUUUCCAUAAUUCUAGAUUAUAACCCAACAGUGAAAAUUUCACAGCAGUUAUUUACUGGGCUAAAGUCUUUGGUUUUUUGAUCAAUGAUAAACAAUUCACUUGAGACUCUUCCCAUGAUCUGUACUCAAAUGCCUCUUACUAACUGGGUGGAUUUUGAAGGCAAUCAUAUUAAGGCCUUAAUUAAUACCGCCUUCCUGGAAUGCAAUGCGCUCACUGUAUUGUUUCUUCACGGAAAUCAAAUUCACUUGCUGCCUGCAAAUACCUUUUCCUCAUUAAAAGAUUUGGGGGAAUUGGAUCUGUCCAGCAACAUGAUUACAAAAUUACGACCUUAUAUUUUUAUAGACCUGAAGUAUUUACAAAAACUCAAUCUGUCUUUCAAUCCACUUUCUCACCUCUCUGCGGAUCGCUUUGAAAGUCUUCAGCAGCUUCAGUCACUAGACCUGGAAAUGAUUGAGAUUCCAAAUAUAAACAGAAUAAUGUUUCAACAUAUGAGGAACCUCUCCCACAUGUAUGUAUCUACUUCAAAAAGUUUCAUUUAUUGCUUCUAUGCACUCCACAUGUGAAUAUGCACAUCAUUAACAGACAGGAUUUCAUCACCUGAAGAUCUCUUAGCUAAUAAUGUUCUGCUAACAUUCCUGUAGGUCAUAGCUUGUGUUACGUAUUUUGGAAAUUUUGUCAUCAGAAUGAGAUCAUUUAUCAAAGCAGAAAACGAGACGCACACCAUGUCUAUCAAAAUUUUACACUGCUGUGCUGAUUGUCUAAUGGGGGUGUAUUUGUUCUUCAUUGGAGUUUUUGAUGUUAAAUACUGUGGACAGUAUAAAAAAUAUGCUGUGCUGUGGAUGGAAAGUUUACCAUGCCAUAUCAUGGCGGUCAUUGCCAUGCUACCUACAGAGGUCUGAGUCCUCUUGUUGACAUAUCUGACCUUGUGUUGUGGUUUAACCUCAGACACCUUGGAGAAGUAUUUAGUGGUUGUCUUUCCCUUCAGUAAUAUCCGUCCUGGAAAGCAGCAGACAGUAGUAAUUCUAAUCAUAUGGAUUGCUGUAUUUGCCAUAGCAAUAAUCCCUUUCUGGUAUGAGGACUUUUUUGGAAAUUAUUACAGGGAAAAUGGAGUUUGUUUCCCUUUGAAUUCUGACCAAAUAGAAGAAAUUGGAGGCAACAGGUAUUCCCUUGUUGUAUUUCUUGGUGUGAACCUGCUAGCCUCCAUCAUCAUAGUGUUUUCAUAGGUCAGCAUGUUUUGUUCUGUUCAAAAAACUGCCCUUCAGACAUCAGAAGUAAGGAGUCACAUUCGCAGGGAUGCUGCUGUUGCCAAUUGGUAUUUUUUUAUAGUAUUCACUGAUGCCAUCUGCUGGAUUCCUGUCUUUGUCAUUGAAACCCUCUCCUUAUUCCAGGUGGAAAUUCCAGACACUGUCCCUUCCUGGAUAGUGAUAUUUGUUCUGCCAAUACACAGUGCUUUGAACCCCAUUCUCUAUACUCUCACAACUAGUUUCUUUAAGGAGAAGUUGAAGCAGUCACUGGACAGUCAUUGAAGGAGGGCAAUUUUCAAAAAUUAUGAAAAAACUUUGGCCACUUCAGUCAUGUGGACAGAUGAUCCUCUCAUCCAUAGCUCUUCUUUUAUGCUUGGAUUUUUGAAAAAAUAA